AUGCAUCUAUCCCGACCUACUUUUUCCUUUCUUAUUCCUUCGGUCCAUGAUGGGCGUCAGCUCGAAUGUCGUGUUUAUCUUCCCCGGCACUAUGAAAAUAUAGAGUCAACGACCCCCAGGCACAUCCAGGGAGCAAUCUUCGCCCAUCCCUAUGCAACACUGGGUGGCAGCUACAAUGAUCCCGUGGUCAGUUUUAUCGGUGGCGAGCUUUUGAAUGCAGGCUUUAUCGUGGGAACGUUCAACUUCCGGGGAGCUGGAGGGUCCGAGGGACAGACUAGCUGGACCGCCAAACCCGAACUGGGCGAUUAUACUUCAUUUUAUGGAUUCAUGCUAUACUACCUGCAUGCUUUGAAACCUAUCCAGACAGAGAUUAACCGGGGCCGAGAUAUCGAUCUCAUACUCGGUGGAUACUCCUACGGAUCCAUGAUCGCCUCGAAUGCCCCAACGCUUGAUGUCAUGAUUGACCUAUUUCAACUUGGCACUGGAACCGGUAGUAUAUCUCCAGGUACUCCCAUUGAUCAGAUUUGCAGAGAGGCAAGGAAGAUCGCUGCAGCGACAAUACCAGAUUCUGUAACAAGGCUAGAGGACGAUGACGGGUUGCGCGCGUCAACCUCGAUCUCUUAUCUUCUUGUGUCACCCCUACUGCCUCCAGUAAGUUCUUUCCUGACGGCAUUUACCACGCUCUCAGUACAAGUGGGGGGAAGAUCAGCUCAGGCGAGUCAAGCCCGACCCGCUCGUCCAGCCGACCAGCUGAGUGUGCACCGGACACUGGCUUUGUUCGGGGAUGAUGACACAUUCACUUCUGUAGGUAAACUGCGGCGGUGGUCAGCCGAGUUGGGCCGCAUGCCGCAUAGUCAGUUCAGGGGGUGUGAGAUUGAAGGCGCGGGGCAUUUUUGGCGAGAAGAUGGAGUGGAGCAUGAGGCGAGGGAGAUACUGCGGGACUGGCUCCGUGGAUAUACAAUGUAA